UACCCUUGGUAACAGCGGCGACGCUCUCUUCAGUAAACAGCGUGCCCAGAGUGUUUGCUAACGCUAGCUUAGCGAAAUAUUAGCGAAGUUUAUAGCGAAUUUCCUGCGUAGUUUUAUUAAUAGCGAGAUUAUAGUAAAACACGCAACAAGCUUUAUACGUGUGAAGCUUAAAAACGUAACAAAUACGAUUAAACUGGCUUUAAAAGCAGAGCAGCCGGCUAGCUAAGCUAAUUAGCUUAGCCAAACUAACGGUCUCAGGCAAUGGAGAAGCUAAGCUAACGCUAGCAUUAGCAUUAGCAGCAGCACAGCUGAGCUGAGUUAGUGAGAGAGGGGCACUGAUUAAGCAGCAGCAGCAGCAGGCGUCCCUGUGGACGCUGUGAAGAUCUGGAAGAUGAGCACAGCUGAGCUGCAGGCGUCUGAUUGGAGGGGUAUUUUCGAGGGCAGGCGGGCAGUGCCCCCUCACAGCCAGAGCUCCAGACUGGCAGCAGCAGCAGGGCAGAGCCAGGCUUUCAGACUUGUACUCAAACAGGUGGAUGGACUUCAACCCAAACAGUCUGAAGAGGGGAAAGCGAGUGAUUAUCAGCUGAGGGUUUCGCUGUUUGACUCGGAGCAUCAGCAUUUCUUUGGGAGGACGUGGAAGAGCGAACCUCACCCAUCCAGACUGAGCAACCGGCACACCACAGUGCAAUUCAACGAGGUGGUAUAUUUCCACACUCCGCUGUGCUGGAGCUCUGUGGUGGCCGUGGUUGAGCUGGUCUCGCUCUCCUCCAGGACGGACUCUUCCCAGAAUGCAACGGGAGCGGGAUUCGGCCUCAUGCAGCUCUUCUCCAGGGGGCCGGACUCUGAACCCCCUCACGGGGAGGGCAGGUUGAGUCUAUACCACGGUACCCCCCGGGUUCUGCUGCACCCGUCGCUACGGGAUCCCCUGCAGAUGAACGCUGUGUUAUCAGUAAUGGAGGGAACCCAGCUGCUGUACUCUCUCCAGCCUCACCCCGCCCUCACCCCGGCCAUGCACCUGAUCCCACCCAACAUCCUGCUCUCUGCCCACCAUCCCAUCCCUGGAGUUCUACCACCUACUGACAGCACAGCGGACGCCCUGCGGAGGCCCAGGCUGCUGCCCGACGUCCCCUGCGCUCUGGAGAGGGUGGACGUGUCCCUGGCGCCGUCCACGGAGGUCUUCGAGGCGGACCUGCUGCAGAUGCUCAAUUACGAUCGCCACAUCACGACUCUGGGUAAGGAGGUGCGUUCGGUGGUGGUUCAGGAGCGUCGGCUGCAUGUGGGAGUUCAUAACGGCUGGGGCUGGGUGGAGAGGCCUCAGGUGCUGGUGCUGGAGCAGGGGCCCCCAGGGGCCAAUAGGAGCAGUGGCCCCAGACAGACUUCCACAGACACUCUCAGCGCCUCCUCUGGCCCUGGCCUGUCACUGCGUGGCAGUGUGGAGCUGAGGAUGAUGAGGCACCCGGCCUUCAGCGUGGUCUUCCAGCUGGAGUACGUCUUCUCCGUCCCCCUCACCGGAGACGGAAAGCUGAGCUCGGGGGCGGUGCAGAGGGCGGUGUUUAUGCAGUGUGUGCGCUGGUGUGUGUGGAGUCCGUUCUCAGAUACUGAAGGAGCUCCGGAGAGCGUCUGUGUUAAACUGCAGGGCGGCGCUCUCCCCAACCCCAACGAGCUGAUGAUUUACACAACACACACACCACAGGCUGAUGCAGAGCAGAGUGUUAUCAGGUUCAGGUUCUUAUCGGAUGUGGAGGGUGCCACUUCCAGCACAGCGUUCAGAUCAGUCUCUCGGGAAACAUCUCAGCGAAAGAAGAUACCGACCAAAUCCCACGAUGAAAGUAGGCUGGAUUCAGAGGCUUCGCCGCUGCGAGCGACUCGUGGACCCGCGCUCUCGCUCUCUCAGCUGGCGACCACUUCACGCUACCCGACCAUGAGCCACACGGCGGGGUCGCCAUGGCAACAGCAGCAUCCUGCUCUCCUCGCCCCCUCCCCAAUGGCAUCGGCCCACCAGCUGUCACAUGUCGAGCGUCCCGCUGCAGGCAGUAUAGCACACCUGGAGGUGAGUGUGAUGGAGAGAGAGGAAACGAGCGAUGAGAGAGAAGAGGAGUGUAAUCUGCGUGAGCUCACCUUCACCCCCGUCCACGCCCCCGUCAUCACACUCGGAACACACACACCCGGCUCCAGCAGGGGGAGCUCUCGCGGGUCUCUGGCUCAUCUCUUCUCCUCUCGUUUCCCGGAGAUUCGGGACGGACUCGGGCAGGUAGCCGAGGUUCUGGAUCCAUCAGAACCCGUCAGCUUCGACCCGCAGAGAGAGGAGGCGGACCUUCUGCAGGCCAACACCCUCAUCCUUCAGUUCCUGGCCUUUACCAGGGUGCCUCAGGCAGGUGUGAACUCUGAUUGGCCGAGCUCCAUCCAUUUCACCUUCCAGCUGUACCGCUUCCCUCCCGUCACCAGCCAGAACCUGCGGCUCCUUCAGCCCGAACCCGGAGCCCGGCCUGAUUACCCCGCCAUCCUCUCGCUCAUCAACAGAGACGGGACCCUCAGCUCAGGUUGUCCUGGGCUGCAGCUUCAGUACCGAGCGGAUCCAUCGUUUCUGAAGCCGGGGGAGAGGGCGUGGUUUCUGAGGUACCUGGCGCUUCAUUCGCUGCAGAUAGACGUGUGGGACAGUGAUUCGCUGCUGCUGAUUGGUUCUGCUGCUGUGGAGCUGAAGCACAUGUUGCGUCAGGGUCGACCUGCCGUCCAGGUGAGUCACGAGCUGGAGGUCAUCACCACAGAUUACCUGCAGGACGCCGGUCUGUCCGGAGAGCACGCGGGCCGACACAGCGCCGUCCCCGCCAUCAGCGUCUACACCACCGUCAGAGGCCGGCUGCAUGUGAGACUCGGCAACGUGGGUGGUGCAGUGCAGAAAUCCCUGACCUCCACCCUUCUCCUCCCUCCAUCCCGAUCCCACAUCGUCCAGCCCAGCAACGCCCCUGCAGGAUUCAGGGGAGGCAGCCUGUCCUCAAACAGUGUCCUCAACCUCAACGCUCAGAACACUAAGCGCGCUCAGCGGUUGCCAGAUACUGACUGUGAGCUGGCCAGUCUGCUGCACAGUCGGACGAGAGAAGUGGGCGGGGCCCUGCUGGAGGGGCGGGGCGAGACUGAAGAAGUGCGUCAGAGGAAGAUUGACAGGAUGACAGCUGUCCGUCAGCACGAGGACAAGGCCACGCCCACCUUACAGGAGAAGAGCAGCUCUAUGAAGAGGAAGCAGGACCGGGCGCAGCACUCUCAGGACCUGCGUCUGAUCCAGGCGUAUCGGGAGCGCUGUAAAGCCGAGAGCAUCACCAGCAUGCUGACCCAAGCCCUCACCACCAAGCACACGCUGUACGCCACGCUCGGAACCGCAGAGUUCCUCGAGUUCCUGCUCAAGAACCCUUUCAAUGUUCCACAGACCAUCACCAUCGAGUGUGAUGACCCGGAGCUCAGUGUUGUAGUAAAGGCUGAGGAGUGGAGGUACUUUAAGGACUUGGUGAAGGUCUGCACCCCGAUGGAGGAGGAGAUGUUUCACCUGCAGGAGAAAAGCUCAGCUCCUCAGAUUUACCUGCGUCCCAAAGAGAGCGUCUACAUCCCACUCAAAUACCAGACCUUCACCUCCGCACAUACCCUGCACUCCCAGGACACGGCCGGUUUAAAGAGCUCUAAAAAUCUACACUUCGCUCACAAGCAGAAAUCCAACACAAUUCUGGCGAAAUCCAUUAAGGUGUUUUUCCGGGCGGAGGACGGGCAGCCGCUGGCGAUCUGCCAGGUGAACGUGGAGCCCACGCCGCAUGUGGUCGACCAGACCUUCCGCUUCUACCACCCUGAACUCACCUUCCUUAAGAAAGCCAUCCGGCUGCCGCCCGCCACAGACAGCCCACCAGAUGGCGCCGCCAGGCUCCAGGUGCGCUGCAGCGACCCCGGUGUCAUCUGCCACGCCUCCGCCGCCACGGAUCCAGGAGAGCCUCAGGAUAUUUAUCUGAAGGUUCCGGGCAGCUCCAGCCCUCAGAUCAGGAAGUUCUUCAUCACCGUCUUCACUGACCCGUGGUUGGCGUCUCCUGCUCAGACGUGGCAGGUGUACGUGCAUUACCUGCAGAGGAUGGACGUGGUGUGUGUGUGUGGUACUCUCAGCUGGCACUCUCUGAUCCUGCGCGGCACUCAGACCAUCCGCAAGGUCCAGUGCUACACCUCACACCCGCUGGAGCUGCAGGUGGAUCCAGGUGGGGUGUUUGCUCUUCCAGCUCAGGGUCUGCAGGAUCUGCGGCUGGGGGUGAGAGCUCUGCGCUCGGGGAACAGUUUCAGAUAUCUGAACGUGGUGGACGUGGACACCCGGCAGUUAGUGACCUCCUGGCUCCUCUGCAUCAACUGCAAGCAGCCGCUCAUCUCCCGGGCGUUUGAGAUCCAGGUGCCGGUGGGAGGAGGGAGGGGCAGCAAUAAGAAGUUCAGCUUCACAAACCCGUACCCCUUCAGCAAAGGAUUCAGACUGUACUCAGACCACCCCGACCUGCUGCAGUUCAAUAAGGAAGACUUUCAGAUUAAAGGAGGCGAGAGCUACAGCAUCGGGCUGCGAUUCGCUCCCAGCCAAAGUCCCGGAACAGAGGAGAUCCUCAUCUUCAUCAACGAUCUGGAGGACAAAAACGAGGAGACGUACUGCGUCAAAGUCGUUUACAGAUAACCCCUGAAAACCCUACUGAUGAACCCCAUUCCAUCAACGUCCUGUACAGAUAACCUUCCUCUUCCUCACUGCUUUUUAUAUGUAAUUUGCUUCUGUUUUUUACACACAAGUGCAAAUAAAAGCAAACAGCAGCUCAUUCAGAUCUUUCAUUAAAGCUGAGCAUCAUCUGAU